CUCCUGCGCGGGGGUUAAAAAGCGGCGGGCGGCGCACCGGGGCCACUUUGUGGGGUGUGUUUGAAGAACAGACAGAAAAGUUAGUAGCGGAUUGUCUGCGACCGUCCACAGCAUCAUGGCAAACAAGGCACAGCAGCCUCCUCAUCUGCACCUGGCCGAGGUCACCGCGUCCCAGUUCCUCGACAUUUGGAGACAUUUCGACGCUGACGGUAAUGGCUACAUUGAGGGAAAGGAGCUGGAAAACUUCUUCAGGGAGCUGGAAAUGGCUCGGAGAGGAGCCGGAGUGGACCCGUCAAACCCCACAUUCAGAGAAAAGAUGAAGGAGUUCAUGCAGAAGUUUGACAAGAACAAAGAUGGAAGAAUUGAGAUGUCAGAGUUGGCCCAGAUUCUCCCAACUGAAGAGAACUUCUUGCUGUGCUUCAGACAAUUUGUCAGCUCCAGCGCUGAGUUCAUGGCGGCUUGGAGGCGAUACGAUACAGACCGCAGUGGCUACAUUGAAGCAAAUGAACUGAAGGGCUUCCUGUCAGACCUGCUGGAGAAGGCCAACAGACACUAUGAUGACCAGAAGCUGCAGGAGUACACACAGACCAUACUCAGGAUGUUUGAUCUGAAUGGAGAUGGGAAGCUGGGCCUAUCAGAGAUGGCGAGGCUUCUCCCCGUUCAGGAGAACUUCUUACUCAAAUUCCAGGGAGUCAAGCUGACCGCGGAGCAGUUCAAUUCCAUCUUUACGUACUAUGAUAAGGAUGGAAACGGCUACAUUGAUGAGCAAGAGUUAGACGCCCUGCUACGAGAUCUGUACCAGACUAACAAGAAGGAGGUGGACUUGUCAAACCUGUCGGGCUACAAGCAAAGCAUCAUGAGUCUGUCUGAUGGAGGGAAGCUCUACCGUGGCGAGCUAGAAAUCGUCCUUUGCAGGGACCCAAUUGUGUGACUCUUCUUCUUGUAUUGGUUUUCUUGUAUUGGUUUUCAGCGCCUGCCCUUCGCUGCUGUCCCUAAACCACACCUAUUUCAAGCUGCCCGGCAACAUAUACCCAGUGCAUGUGCCGGACGAUCCCCUGUCUCCAGUCUUUCCCCCAGACUCCUCCCUCUGAAGUUAAUACAGAGUGAAUGAUAAGUGCACACAAAGAGCCCCCUUACCUUACUUUCUGCAAUGUGGUUCUCAGUCUCUAGAGUUUCACCUUCUUAACCCUUCUCAACCCCUUCUGGCCCCCUUCUGUCCUCAUUCCCAGCCCUGCUAUCUAUGCCUUGCCUGAACCCCCUUUUCCACCGAGACGACAAUUUGACCCAUUGAUAGCCCUGAACCUCUCCAAUUCCUCUCUCUGACAACUUUGCAUCAGAUAUGAUAUAUAGUCAAGGAAAACUGCGACAGCUGUUUGUUUUGAAAUCAUUUAUAGUGUGUGAUGGAACUGAUUUUGGCUUUUCCAAUUUUGUUUGUCCUGAAGAUGCUUGUUCCAUGAAAACUCUUUUGUUUCAUUGCCAUCGUAUGUUUUUGAUCUUCAGUAAUUGAUUUCGGCCCAAACUGUCAAUUGAAAAUAUUAAUAAAAGGAUAAAAUCA